GAAACGGCGAAUCCUGUCCGUGCGCGACUGCAAUAGCCAGGCAGGUAUACGACGUAAGUGAGAGGUGUAUCACUACAUAAACAUGUACAACUUCGUGAGUGCGUACGUGCAAAGCCAAGCAUCCCAAACGUUCGAACUGUGAUAUAUAGAAUAGCUAAGCUAGCGACCUUGAAAAGACGGCAAUGAGAAAUCUGGCAUCGCAUAAAAGAUCUGAGCUCUGCGCAACAUUACGCCCUGGGGAGGCCGAGACGAGUAUAGACAGGCAAAGUUAGCAAUAGCUAUAGCGAGCAUGUCGGAGUGGAGGAAAGCGAUCGCGCGCAUCGAGGGAGAAUAUCAAGGUACGUAGGAAGGGCUGUAUCAUGAAAAUCAAGAACAAGAACAUAAAAAAUCCAAACAACAUCUGUCCGUCAGCAGAGCAAGUUAAUAAGACAGACACACAAACGGCCUGGGUUGUGUAUUGGCACAACGCGAAAACGGUAUUCUUCCACCUUCGCAAGGCGAGGCACAACAGCACCCCAGUUUCCGCGAGCACAGAUUGCCCACGACACCGACUCCACUCCUGCUCUCACCACCUCCCACAAUGCAGUGUUCGUCCGCGCGCCGUGGAAGGAUUUCGUGGGCUCCCGAGACCGCACCGUCUACACGCUGUCCAAUCCACCCUUCACCUCGCCUCUAAAGAUCUCGCCUUUUCCCUCUUUCCUCCUCCCCUCGCCCUGCUAAUAUAUCUCCUCCUGCCCUUUUCCUCUCCACUCUCUAACACCACAGAAACCAGCAUCUCCCCAUGACACUACACACUGAGCACGGCUACGACCCCACCUCCGGUCCAUGUCCAUGCCCGUGCCCAGGUGCAGGCGGAUGAGGCACAGGCGCCAUCCGCGGCUGCGCUGACUGCCGCUUCUGCUUCCUCAGCACCCGUGCGCGCUGCUUCUCCUCGUCGCUCCUUGGGGCGCCGACGCGGCGUUCGCUCGGCAGCGUCCGGCUGCGCGACACGCUCGCCCCGCCCGCGCUGUCGCUCCGCCCGAGCGGUGGCGUCCCGCUCUCGACGACGGGCGAGAGCCGCUCCGCCGCGGUUGCUGCCGCCGCUGGCGCGGCGAGCGGGGUGUUGUCUUCCGCUUCUGCGUCUGCGCCACUCCGCUCCCGAUCCACCGUCGUCCUCCUCCUCGCGACCCUCUUCUUCAGCCCCCGCCCCUGCUCUUGUCCCUGUCCCUGUCCUUUCACCUGCCUCCACUCGCCCACACCCCCACGCUCCUCGUCCGAACUCGGCACAACCACAAAAUCACUCUCAUCCCCCGACCCCGACGCCAUAUGCACAUGCCCAAGACCCCGCCGCUGCCCAGGCACAAACCUUCGCGGCCCGCUCCUCCCCCCGCCCGCGCCCGAGUCGCUCUGAUACGCCGCCUCCUCCGCCAUCCCCACGCGCGACGGCGCGCCCAGGCUCCCUGUGCCCGACGCACCGUUGUUCGCGCCAACCCCGAUCCCCGGAUGCGAAUGGCUCGUCGCGAUCUGCUGCGGCGCCGCGAGCCCGUGUCCGUGCCCGUGCAGCGCCUGCGAUCCCGACCCUGGUGCAGCGGCAGAGGAUGACGACGCGCCAAGCUGCAGUGCCUGCGCGCCCGCGCCGACGCCGGCGGUGUUGGUC